UUAAUAUCAAAUCUUUCAAUUUUUAUUAAUCUGAGUUCCUGCAUUUUUUUGUAGUCUUUAUUUGCUCAUAGUCUUUAUUCCCCCUUCAAUCACCAAGUCCACCUACCUUAUAACACUCUUGACUUAAUGGGAGUCUAUCUACCCGUAUAAUUAUCUAUGGGUAGUAAGGAUUGUAAUAUAGCUAAGUGGUGCUAAAUAGCAGGAGUAUACGAAUUCGAGCUUGGCUGAAAGUUAUUUUGGUUAAAUUUUACUUACUUUCUGAGUCAACUCCAUAUUAAUCAAAAUUUCUUUCUUCAAAUGAAUAAGAAACUAUAAUAUAGCCUCUAUGGCACUAUAAUAUAGCCUCUAUGGUAUAAGCUGUCGUUUGAGAAUGGAAUGGAUCAAGUGGGUCAUUUAUUGAGCAAGAACUUGAGCAUUGACUGCGCCAAUUUAACUAAUGCUGUUGGUAAUGGAGUCUGGCUCUCAAUUUCUAUUUCUAUAUCAACUAUCACAUAUCCCAAUUUCUCUUCCUUAUAGUAUUUGUUUUCUGUGUCUUUUCUUUUCAACCAUACAAAAAUAUGCAAUUGUCAACCUUUUCCUCUUUUUACGUACAGGCACGGGCAUCACUUCACAUUCAACCUAAAGCAUUCUUUGCUUCUACUGCAAUUGCACGAUCAUGGAUUUCCCAACGUCACUCUUUUUUCUACUCUUGCUUCUUUCUUUCCAAUGUUCAUCUUCCCUAUCGUCACUGAACAAGGGGUCUUCCCUCUCAGUGGAGAAACACACACAAGACUCUAUUGUCUCCCCAAAUCAAAUGUUCUGUGCUGGCUUCUUUCAAGUUGGUGAAAACGCCUUCUCCUUUGCCAUAUGGUUCAACGACCCUCACACUCACAACAACAACCACAACAACAGAAACGUUGUUUGGAUUGCAAACCGCGAACAACCCGUUAAUGGAAAGCUCUCAAAGCUUUCUCUCUUAAACAGUGGUAGCAUCGUCUUGCUUGACGCAGAUCAAAUCACCACAUGGUCAUCAAACACAGCAUCGAAUGCCCCACUAGAGUUGAAUCUCCAAGAUGAUGGUAAUCUUGUGUUACGUGAGCUCCAAGGAACCAUUUUGUGGCAAAGUUUUGAUUCCCCAACCGAUACUCUCCUUCCGGGUCAACCUCUUACUAGAUACACACAACUUGUGUCUUCAAGAAGCAAGACUAACCAUUCCUCUGGUUUCUAUAAGCUGCUCUUUGAUAAUGACAACCUUCUUCGUCUUAUUUACGAUGGCCCUGAUGUUUCGAGCUCGUAUUGGCCUCCUCAAUGGCUACUCAGUUGGGAUGCUGGAAGGUUUAGUUUCAACAGCAGCAGAGUUGCAGUUUUCAAUUCUCUUGGAAUUUUCAAUUCAUCGGACAAUUAUGGUUUUUCCACAAAUGAUCAUGGCAAGGUGAUGCCAAGAAGAUUAACACUAGAUUCUGACGGAAAUGUUCGCGUGUACAGCAGAAAUGAGGCUUCAAAGAAAUGGUACGUUUCAUGGCAAUUUAUAUUUGAAACUUGCACCGUUCAUGGGGUUUGUGGUGUUAACAGCACUUGCAAUUUUGAUCCUAAAAGAGGAAGGAUAUGCUCGUGUCUACCAGGACACACAGUAAAGAACCAUAGUGAUUGGUCUUAUGGGUGUGAACCCAUGUUCAAUCUUUCUUGCAACGGAAAUGAUUCUACCUUUUUGGAGUUGCAAGGUUUCGAGUUUUACGGAUAUGACAGUAAUUAUAUACCUAACAGUACCUACAUGAAUUGUGUGAAUUUGUGUUUGCAAGAUUGUAACUGCAAAGGGUUCCAGUACAGAUAUGAUGGGGAAUAUUCUACUUGCUUUACAAAGAGACAGUUGCUGAAUGGGAGGCGUUCCACCAGAUUUGAAGGAACGAUUUACUUGAGACUUCCAAAGAACAAUAACUUCUCUAAGGAAGAAUCUGUGAGUGCAUAUGGUCAUGUUUUUUCUGUGCAGCUUCACAAAGAGUAUGUUAGAAAGCCAGAAAAUCGUUUUGUGAGAUUUUUUCUGUGGCUUGCUACUGCAGUUGGAGCUUUAGAAGUGGUUUGCUUUUUGAUAAUUUGGGUUUUUUUGAUUAAGACGCGCCAAAAGUCUGGUGCAGAUCAACAAGGCUACCAUCAAGCAGAAAUGGGGUUCAGAAAAUAUAGUUAUUCUGAAUUGAAGGAGGCGACAAAAGGGUUCAACCAAGAGAUUUCAAGGGGUGCAGAAGGGAUUGUGUACAAAGGCAUUUUAUCAGAUCAAAGACAUGUAGCAAUUAAGAGACUCUAUGAAGCCAAACAAGGAGAAGAGGAAUUCCUUGCUGAAGUGAGCAUCAUUGGAAGGCUCAAUCACAUGAACUUGAUUGAAAUGUGGGGAUAUUGUGCUGAGGGAAAGCAUAGAUUGUUGGUGUAUGAGUAUAUGGAGAAUGGUUCUUUGGCACAAAAUCUCUCAUCCAACACACUUGAUUGGAGUAAGAGAUAUAGCAUUGCUCUUGGAACGGCACGAGUUUUAGCAUAUCUGCAUGAAGAAUGCUUGGAGUGGAUACUGCACUGUGAUAUAAAGCCUCAAAACAUACUUCUUGAUGCUAAUUAUCAGCCCAAGGUAGCAGAUUUUGGGUUGUCCAAGCUACUAAACAGAAAUAACCUCAACAACAAUUUAAGGUUUUCAGUGAUCAGAGGAACUCGAGGAUAUAUGGCACCGGAGUGGGUAUACAACUCACCAAUCACCUCCAAAGUAGAUGUUUACAGCUAUGGAAUUGUUCUAUUGGAGAUGAUAACUGGGAAAAACCCAACAACUGGUGUCCAUAGCAAUGCUGGAGAAGAAUCAUAUAAUGGAAGGCUGGUAACAUGGGUUAGAGAGAAAAGGGGUGAUGCAUCUUGGCUAGAGCACAUCAUUGAUCCUGCAAUUAAAACAAAUUUCGAUGAAUGUAAGAUGGACCUUUUGGCUAGAGUGGCUUUGGAUUGUGUUGAGGUAAAUAAAGAUCGGAGACCCACCAUGAGCCAAGUAGUAGAAAUGCUUCAAAGCCAUGAUUGUUUAAGGUGUUGAUUUCUUUAAAUAGAUGUUUUUCAAUAUACAUGAUAUUGUUUAACAACUCUAAAGUUAAAUCAAGUUUAGAUGAUAUGUAUAGAAUGAAA